AUGCUCCGACCGAUUUUUUCAUUCGUUUCCAACCUUUCCCCCCGUCUCACUCCCACUCCUUUACGUCUUCUUUCACGCGCUCCCCGAUCAGGGUCUUCUUUCAUUCACCCCCGGUCAACUACACGCCUCUACUCCACUGCAGAACCUAAUCCUUCCGUUCACCCGCCCCCGCGAUCGCGCAUCCGCCGCCUCGCAGGCUUCACCUCAAUCGCCGUCCUCGCAUUCACCCUAGGCCUCGCCUUCCAAACCUCGCGCACCGUAUCUCGAAUCAUGUCCGCCGCCGUACUCACCGAUGAGGAGACCCUCUCCGCCUACACGCCCGAAGAUGCGCGUGCCGCGGAAGUCGAUUCUCACAUCCGCAACCAUCCCGAAGCCGCCAAGUUGCGCGCAAACCCCGAUUUCAAAGAAGCGCGCCCCCACCUCAAGAUUCCCGAGACUUUGCGCCCGCGCAGUCUGACGGCCGGUACCCUGGCCGGGCCUAACAAGAUUGUCGUGCCGCCGCUGGUUUUCAGCGAGAAGGAAGGCAAGAGCAUGGUCUCCCUUAUGUACCUCGGUUCGGAUAUGUGCGGACACAUCGGUAUUGUGCAUGGUGGUCUGCUGGCUACGUUGUUGGAUGAAGGUUUUGCGCGAUGCUGUUUCCCCGCGCUGCCUAAUAAGAUCGGUGUUACGGCCAACUUGAAUAUUGAUUACCGGGCUCCGGCCAUGGCGAAUUCCUACGUGGCUCUGAGGGCCGAGACCGUCAGGGUGGAGGGUCGGAAGGCGUGGGUCGAAGGGCGCAUCGAGACUCUUCCCGAGGAGGGCAAGGAGCCCGUUGUGCUGGUUGAGGCUAAGGCUUUGUUUAUUGAGCCAAAGCAAGCGGCUGCUCUCGCGAACUUGUCCCGUGGCGUGACCGAGUGA